AUGGGGGGGGAGGUCGGGGGCGAGGGGGGGGGGACGGGGGGGGGGGGGAGGGAGGGUGGGAAGGCGCGGAGUUCGGGCGGGGGGGUGUGUGGGGGGGGGGGGGGGUAUGAGGGGGGAGGUGGGAGGGUGGGGGGGGCCAGGGCAGGGGGGGAGUUUCGGGAGAGAGGUGGGGGGGGCAGGGAGGGGGGGCCCCGCAAUGGCCGGCGGCAGGGGUGCCGCGUCGAGGGGAUAGGUGCGGGGGGGGGGGUGCGGAGCAGGGGGGUGAGGGGGCGAGGGGGAGGGGCCGGGGCGGAUGGGGAUGAGGUGGGGGGGGGGCGGUGCCAGGGGGGAGACUGGGCACGGAAGGCGGAUGGGAUGCGGUCCGGGGGGGGAGGGUCGGACGGGGAGGUGGGGUGGGGGAAGGGUAAAGGGGGGCGGUUGGGAUGGGGGGGGGCGAGAGGGGAGGGGGGUGACUGCGCGACGGGGUGGGGGGGGUCGAGAAGGUAG